AAACCUUCUCGCCUUCAGCCCCUGAGAGAAACCCAAACCGCCAACCUCUCAAACCCGGCAACCAUCACCAGAAUCCAGCGGAGCCUCCGGGAUUUUCUUGAGAAAAGUGUUUCAAAGUGUUGCAAUCCAGAUUUUAAUAUGGAAGAUUCUAAUUUUUUCUUGGAUGAGCCGGUUGUAACUCAAGCUCGUGCUGGUGCUAAGUUUCAACCCAAGGCUAAACGUAAAGCGAAAGAUGAAACCUCUGGCUCAAUCGCUUCAAAACUUCCUGAUGUUAUGAAGGAAGAGGCAGUUAAAUUAGCAUCCGCUGGCUUAGAUGCAGUUCAGGUUGUCCAGCCUGACGAUGUUUUUGAUGGCACUAGGAGCUCGCAAGUAAUAAACCCUUCCCAAGUAGCUGUCUCAGAUUCUCUACUUGCCGAGGUUCUAGUUUCGAAUUCUUGUGAUGAUACAAAUUCUAGUUUUGGAAGAUCAGUUGGGGAGAAUGCAGAUUUAUUUUUUGGGUUGGAAUGUCUUGAUCAAUUUCUUACUCAAUCUUCUAAUAAUGACGGAGGUAUUCAGAUUGAUUUUGAAGAAACCGGGACACAGAAUAUUUAUUCAUUUCAGGAAGCAGGGGCCUUUCCUGAUGUGGAGACUCAAGAUAUUUUGUCUGAUACGACCAUUGGCUCUGGAAGGCGUGCUGGAAAAUUCAAACCCAAGCCCAGGUUACAAACUAGUGUAGUCACCACACAACCUGCUGUGGUUGAAUCUGUUAUGCAUCCUCCAAAUUCUCAGUUUGUUGAAACUAUGUGUGGAGAGAGCUCAAUUCCUGACAUUCCAAUGGAUGAUUUUCCUGAUUGUUCACCAAUGGAUUUAGGUGCUUUUAUUCCUCCAGAUCCUUCUACCACCAAAUAUCCAAUGAAUGAGGAACUAGCAGACCUCACAGAAGCUUCUAACCCAGGUGUUGACCUUUCUGGAGAUAUUCCUACCAUGCCUCAAAAAUUGAGUUCUAAUAUCAGGCCAAAGAAGGCCUCUCACGUAUCAAAUCCUUCUCCAAAGUCCAAACAGUCUUUCACUGGAGAUGAGGGGAAUGAAAAUGGAAAAGCAACAAAGCAGUUGAGAAAGUCAGUGACUAGUCCUCAGAUUGUUGAUGAUCCUAAGGAUGACACUUGUAAUGACGAUGGUAUAGCUUCCGAACUUCCACAUAGUUCUGCUAUAGAUGAGGAUAAAGAUGAUGAAGAUGGUGAAGAUGACGAUGACGAUGAUGAAUAUAAUGUGGAGAGUGCAUAUCCGAAAAGGAGAACCACUAGGACGUCAAAGAAAAACGUGAAUGAAAAUGAAAAACUGCUUCGAAAGCGUAAGAUAGCUAAUGAAGCUCAAAAGCGUAAGAAAGCCAAUGAACCAUCAGAUCAGCCAGCAAAAGAACAACGGAAGAAAUUUUCUCAUACAACUCGUAGAAAGAGAAGAUUUGUGGAUGAGUCUUUGCUGCACACCCCAGAGGAUGAAAUUGACUUUGCAAAGGUGGCCUUGAAGGAUAUCAUUCUGUUUGCAGAUUAUAAGGAGCGGUUAGCGAAGAAAGAGGCAAAAACAUCAAAAAUACCUUUGCCCAAUCAAAGUACUCGUCAGACAUUUGAUGAGGAAAAUGCUCAUGAUGAAGAAAGCUUCAUUGCUUCAGAACAAGACCAAGGCUUUACAGAUGAUCAAGUGAGUGGUAGGGCUCAAUCAAGUUCCUUCUGCUUAAAUUAUCAGUCUUACAUGGACAAAGAACCGAGAGCAAGAUGGUCAAAACAAGACACAGAAUUGUUUUAUGGGGCCAUUCGGCAGUUUGGGCCAGAUUUUUCAUUGAUACAACAACUUUUUCCUGGAAGAAGUCGUCAUCAAAUCAAGUUAAAAUUUAAGAAUGAAGAGCGUCGAUGUCCAUUUAAACUUUCUGAGGCUUUAGCAAGUCGUGAUAAAGAUCAUUCCUAUUUUGAGAAGGUGAUCAAGCAGUUGCAACAAGUUGCUGGGGCAGAGCAGGAGUCUCAUGGAGAUGUUUCAGUCGAUUUAACACGUGAAGAAGCAGUGUUGACUCCUAGAACUAAUGAGGAAGUAGCAAAACCUGAGCAGGAUGAGGAUAUAGCAGUCAGAGAUCAAGAAGCAGAUGUUACUGAAGAUCAUAGUACUUUGAAGCCUGAUGAAACUGAUGAUGAUCAUGAAAUAUUGAGUUCGUAUAGAAGUUCAUUUUAGGAAUCAAGAUCAGAAGAGGAGUGGUGUAGAUUUUUUUACCAUGUGGUGACUUUAUUGAUCACCCUCACUGAACCAACUUGAAUUUAGACUAUGAUUCUUCUCAAGUUUUACUGAAAUCCGAUUUCCUUAUCAUGCCAUAUGCUUUUAAGAAAAAGCUGAAAAUGAGUGUAUUGCUUAUUUCUAACGUAUUUCUAUGUUUUUUUCAUUUCACUUUUAGGCAAUUUUUUAAUCUGCUUUUGCAAAGGGCAAUUUCCGUAAAGGGGAUCGAAGGUGGGAUCCUUUUUCUUUAAGAAGAGAUAAAUAAUCAUCAAUUACAUUAUGUCCUAUUCAAAGGAUGUAUAUAUUGUAAGAACUCUAUUUAUAACUAUUUGUAUGUACCUUAUUCCUUUAAUAAUUCCGCUAGUCUUGCUGAUCAUUUGACAUGUAUUUUUUGUGUUGAUAUUAUAUUUGUUCAUAUAUACCAUUUGAAAGUCUUAUUAUUACACCAAAGUGCUAUUGGACAUCAAUUUCUUGAAGAGCAUUACCUGUGUUAUUGUUUUAAGGAUUCUCACAAUACGAUCACUUGCUACAAACAGACAUCAGAUUAGUGUAGCUCUUAUCAGAUCUGCCUCACUAAAAGUUUUCUAUUUCUUGAAAUUACUAUUGAGUUUGCUGUUGGCAUGCAUGAGGGCUAAUGACAAGGUCGGUCCCUCUACUGAACGAGUCAUACUUUAUUUGCAUGCAAGUUGAUUUCAGAUGAAUGUUAUGGCACCAUAUACAUCUCCAAGAGGACAAGAAUAGUACCAAUGAUGUUCAUUGAUGCUUUAAUUCUUAGUGUUUCGAAUUUGCCUCUAACAUCGUGUGUCUGCAUGUACAUAUGAUAAGAGAAACUUGUUCCCAGCUUGUGGUUCCUCUUAUUA